AUGUUGUUGUACAAUCAUGAAGCUAGCAAGGCACACACACACACACACACACACAAACACAUGGAGUUGCAGCAGAACGGCGACGGGAAGAUUGAGCUCGAGGUUGUGAGAAAAGACGGGCGUCCCAUUGUCUGUCGUCCAAUCGAUGUGAACGAGUUGCUCAGCAAACAGGGCCACACCAUCGACCUGGGCGAUGGUGUUCGGGUUCGGCUAGAGGAAUACAGCAGCGACACCUUCUCCUCCUCGGAAGAAGGAACGGAGGAAACAGACAGCGAGGCGAGUGCAAGUGAUAGCAGGACCAGCGACAGAACAAACGUCCCACCGGGACGCCGCAGGUUGACUGGAGACGGUGCUGCUUUUGACCUUCAUGGAGGCGAGGAGAAGGCCAAAACGCAAAAGCUGAGUUUUCACGAUCCGGAGCGUAACAAGGGAAUGGCAACGCAGCACGGGACAAUCAGCGGCAGCAACGUUUCUGAAAAAGUGUUGCAUUCUCGUCGAGAUAUUUGGGCCUCCUUUGCGCCCCCUAUUGACCCGGAAAGAAAUCAUAAUUGGCUCCAAUCUACAUCCAUAAUUCCAGGUGCAACUUCUAGAAGGUUCCGUUUACCCCCACUUAUGUUGCAUGCCACUUCGUCUUACCUCGGCCCGUCCGACCAAGGACAACGAAUUCUCGUGUACGGAGGAAUUACCAACUUUGGUAAAAAAGUCGAGAAGGAGCUUUACGAAUUUUCUGUCUUAACGGGCCAUUGGCGACGAGUUGAGGGUAAACAUUUUUUUUUCCCUGGUAAUUAUGGCCAUGCGGCGGUGGUUGUGGAGCGUCUUCAGCGUCUCGUGGUGAUUGGGGGUAUGAGUCCUGGUGGACAGCCGGUUCAAGGAGAAAGAUAUUCGGAUGAAUUCUCCAAACUACGAAGCCGCAUCCUUUUUCCAUGCCAAGAUAAAACCAAGACAAAGCGACCACCAUCUGUGCGAAUGGAAUUUAAAGAAUCCGAGAAACCGACGCUCUGGUCGCUUGCAAUGCGGGCAGAAGAGGAACCCCUGAUUGGGUUUAUGCCGGUAUUAUUUGAGAUGAACUUGAAGACUCUUCGUUGGCGGGUCGUCCAGACAUCCCCUGAGAUUCCUGUGGCGCUCCACACAGCCGUGGCAACUUCUAACACGAUUUAUUUGUUUGGGGGUGUGACGAAUCGAUUACUUGUUUCAGCACAGCUUAUAGGGAUCCAUGCGGAGAACAAUAGUAUUUCGCUUAUUCGUUCCUCUGCAGUGUCACCAAAGGCACGUUAUCUUCACAGUGCCGCCAUUUAUGGGAACUGGAUGAUCGUUUACGGGGGAUUUGAUGCCUACAACGAACCACUAGCUGAUGUGUGGGCAUUUGAUUUGGUAAAUGAGCGUUGGGAACAGCUGGAGUGUCACGGUACGCCUGCCCGUGGUGCACAUGCCUCUUGCAUUCUGGGUUCAAGUUUGAUUGUCAUUGGUGGAUUCGAAGGUGCUAUAACAACUGAGACAAAGCCAACUAGUAGUAUUUAUGAGCUUCAGCUAGUACCAACGAGUACGGGACAAUAUCUCUGGAAAAAAAUAACCGUUCGACCUGCAAUACCACCACUUGCUUUUUCGGCUGCCUGUCAUUGCGCCGAUGAUGUUUCCUUUAUUGUGUACGGUGGUUGCACCGUCACUGGAAUAAAGGCGAAGAAACGUCCGCCUGAUUCCAAGAGAGUGGGUCAACUUGCAUUCACCAAAAGUAGAGACGCAAGGAAUAUUUCCAGGCAUGACAGUGAUGGCAAUGUUUACAAUGACAAUUUCUGGCAGGGGUUGGUUCCUUUGGAUGACGGCUUUGCGUUUACGUUUCCGUUGAAAAAGAAUGAUGCGACAGGCUCUCAUGGGGAUGGUAGCGGCGCAUCGAUACAUGUUAAUGAAUUGGGAGUGGUGACUGACCCCGAGGAAUUGACGCCGGAGUUUAAGGCAUUCGUGCGACGGCAGGAAGAAUUCAUCCUCAAGAAAAACGCAUCCCGCUCUCAGGCAAUGAAAAGGACAAUACUUGACGAACUUGAGAACAUGGAACCAAAUUUAUAUUUGACGUCAGAGGAGAUUGAGUUGCUCCUGGAAAAAAGCAACCUCUUGUGCGAGAGCCUUACGGGAUACAAUAUGGAAGCGAUGCCGCACAACAUUCCUGAAAGAGAACAACGACUACAACACACUGAGAAAUGCAUCUCGCUUAGUCGCCAGAUACGGGAUGUCCUCAUGUCGAUGAAGGGAUACGCCCCUGGUGUGACGGCUGUGAAAUCAAAGACUCAUCGAAUAAAAUCCGGGGAGAAGUUCGAGGAUCAUUCAGUUGCCAAACCAUUUCGUCGUGUAAUUGUCAUGGGUCUUGUGAGGGAAAUUAAAACAGAACUUAAACGUAUUCAUAACUUGAAUAUUGUUCUAAAAACUGUGGAAUGGCCUGAAAAAAAGGAAUACUUGGAUGCCGUGGAAACGAUGCAGGAGCGGAAAACGGAGUUUGUGCAAGCUGUGAAGGAUAUUCUUGAAAAAUACAUUGAGCGGCGCGUAGAGUCUUUGAUUUCCGCUGCGGAUAGACAGAAGGAUAACAUGCGGCGAUUGGCUGAAAUUGUGGCGAAGAUUCGGCAUGAAAAGAUAUUUCAAACGGAAGGACCAGAUCCACAGCGUGAGCGUGUGCGGCAGAUGUGGAGCAAGGGAGAAGGACAAGAAACUCCCCAGACAGAUACCAAGCGCUCUGUCUCACGUAGUCAUCAUCAUCACCGUCGCUCUCGCUCCACCGGGGCUGGCUAUUACAAGGAUGAAGCCAAGGCUUUCAUCUCGCUGCAGCCGAAGGAAUUGCAAAAGCUACUGAAAAAAAUACACCUUGUGCAUAAAGUUGCUACAUCAUUUUCUUCUUACUGCCAGUCGAAGAAAUCUGAUGUGCAGAAGUCAUCAAGUGAAAUGCCGCCGCCGCCGUCACCAUCAACGGCGCCUCCUGCCCUUUCCAACCCAGAAUCUUCAUCCCUUGCUGUUCCUGCCGCACUUGCCAUUGUGGAAACGGUGCCCCCUUCCAAUGUUUCUCCAGCCACGCAUACGGCUGAUGCAGAUUUUGGGACGGCUUCCCCGAGUGAACUUGUUAUACGUCAAUCGGAUGCCAUCCGAGAAGAGGCCAUAGAAAUAGCAACUUCUGUGGGCCAAAGCGUCUGUGCAUUUGCGAAGGAGCUGGAAACUUCUUUUGAAGCGGAUACUAAGCCGAACUCCCAAACUGAUGUCAAUAAGGAUGAGAAGAAGCCGACGCUUUUGUUUCUUUCUUCACUACGUCCUCUUCUGUCUUGCAAGAUGCAGCUGGCACAACUCCGUGAAAAGAUUUCUAGAAUUCGCGUAAAUCGUUGGGCCGUGGAUGACGUUGCUGGCGCCCCUCAGGACGUGGAGGCUCAGAAACGCUGUGAGAAGUUAUCAAAGUGUUUGGCCGCUCUUGUGCAACGCCUCACGGCGAGUUUUUUAUCCAAAGCGGGAGCGAGACCGCCUCGCUUGACCUUCAGAAGAGCGCAUUCUUCAGGAGCUUUGAAACCCCCAUCGUCUUCUUUGGCUUCGCCCCCGCGCUCAUCACCCUCCUUAUUCUCAUCUUCAUCAUCGCCGGCAACAGACAAGCAUAGACGAGUAUUGCAGGCCAUUUCUACAGUGGAUUCAAGUGACGUUGCAGCGUUGGAAAAGGGCGACGAUUCUUCUCCGCAGGCGCAAGAAGAAACAGCAGAGCAGGAACCAGAAAAGCAGUCAACUUGCGUCUUUGGACCGCUCUCUACACCAUUGAUGCUUCUGGAUACACCUCCUCUUUUAAAGGCUGCUGCGAUGCCGGAAAUACCCAGAACCAUUUGCCUCACCUCAAAUGAAGCGCAAUCGCUUGUACCUCCAUUUUGCACAACGAGUUCCAUUUGUAACGAGGGUGCUAUCAUUCCAUCUGUGAGGGAUACAAAGGUCAUUUCGAACACUCAUCAGGAAGCAUCCACCUGGUCGAACAAAGAUUCUUCCAUUAUGGUUCCCCAUAAGGAAUUCUUUACCGCUGUGACUUGCAAGGAUUCAUCCCAAUCGCCACCGCCACGCAUUUUUGUUUCAAAGGGUCCACAGACGACCACGGCUGCUGCGGCCAUGGCUAUACCAGCGGAGUUGCCACCAUUCGGGGAGUCGUUGUCUGCCAUUCAUAUCCGGUCAAACACAGAUGGUGAUAAAAAUACUUCAUCUUGUAUGGUAAGUCUUUCCCCAGGAUGUUUUCAUGGAUCUAGCACAUCUGGUGUUGCGGUGGACCCAAUAAAUCGCGUUGAUCCCCAACAAGAAGCGUUAUGUCUUGAAGAGGAUUACUUUUUGUUUGGUCGCCGUUACGCAGCGGAGCCUGUGGCUUCCCCGUGUGUUGUGGAAGAUGCACGGAAUCGACAGGUUCUUGUGGCGAAAGAUUCUCCAUUAGUGGUCAGGAGUAUGCAUGCUGUGAAAGUAUCACCACCUGUGGGUACGCCUGCGGCUCCCACUGUGACAGCACCGCGGAAGCGAGUAGUGAAUUCGAUUUUUCGGAAGCAUUUUACUUCUGCUUCUCAACCUGGCGCGCCCGAAGAUGUCUCUGCGAAACCCCUGAAGAAGGGAUUGUUUUCUGGCAAACUAACGCCCGGUGAGAUGCACAUCAUACAGGCAAGGGAGCGUCUGCGUACCUCCUCAUCACGGCGUUAA